AUGACAUUUUAUUUGAAGAAAGUGAAACUGUUGAUAAUAGCUGGAUUGUGUUUCUGGAACAAUUCACCAUCUGUAUAUUCACAAUAUCCGCCUGCUCCAAGAAAUUCGAACAAUAUGACGGACAUUAUUUCCAUUUCAACAGAAGCCGGAAAGUAUGCGGACAAUCCUUUCACUUCAACACAGACCAAAGAGGGUCGUACGUCCGAUAUUUUACCGAAAACUGUAGACGAAGCAGAGUCUACAGUAGAGACAGAAAAGCUACCAGAAGACGGAUCCCAUUUUGAGGAACUCAUCAGAUGCGGUGAGGUGUUCGUUGACAAGACCAAACAUUUACUCCUUUUAUUAGAAGAAGAGAAUCAAGUGUACUUUUUUUCAAGACCUCGACGAAUUGGGAAAACAAUAACAGUAGAAAUGAUGGCAAGUUUUUUUAAAGGGAGACGCGAAUUUUUCAACAAAACUUACGUUUAUACUCUUGGCAACACGGUUUAUCAGAAUGGCACUUGGAUAGCAUAUCCGACGAUAUAUUUAGAUUUUUCUGAGAUAAAUACUAAACCCCUUACUGAUCAUGCAGAAACAUCAGACGCAUUCAACCACGUAUUUGAACAAAUAAAUAACGUGCUGCUAAGUAUCUCCAAUGAUGAGUAUCAUUUAAAUUUGACAAGCCCUGUUACAAUUUCUGAACUAAUAAACGAGCUGUAUUUAAAAUCUGGUUUACCUGUGGUCCUGCUAAUUGACGAAUACGACUGUUUAAUCAAUCACGCAAUAAUGAAGACAAGAAACAAAGUUUACAUUGAACAAAUAUCUGAUUUAAUGGAAACCUUUUUCAAAAAUAUUAAAAGCAGUGGCACAAGGAUUCUACUUUCUUGGGUCACCGGUGUUCAGAGAUACACUUUUGAAGAGCUGGAUAGCUCAGCCAAAGAUUUGAGCAAUGACCAGAGGUUUUCAAAACUCGUUGGAUUCACCGCAGAAGAAAUCAAACAGUAUUUCCCUUCGACUAUCGAUGACUUCGCAAAGUCCAUCAACCAAACACCCGAACAUGUCAUGGACGAAUUACACAAAUGGUACGAUGGAUACAGUUUUAAUAAUGAAAUCACGUCUGCGUCUGAAGAAUCCAACAUAUAUAACACGAUUUCAGUGUUGAAUACUCUGAGGAAUAAAAAAUUCGGUACAUACUGGUGCAAUACUGGAGCCACACAAUAUAUCCUUGAUAGAUGGUUCGUUGAGUGCAGGUUUUCAAUGAAGGACAUGAAAAAUGAAAAAAUUGAAAUUCGCGAGUUGAAGAUCUAUAAUACGAGAUUGCCCAUUCCACUCAUUCGUCUUGCGAUUAAUACCGGAUACCUGGAAAUUGUAAAUCGUACGGGUGAUCACGUUUUUGUGGACUUCCCAAACAAGGAGCUAGAAAUGUAUAUGAAUGAACAGAUUGACGAUUACAUACCUGGAAUAGAAGGUGGCCUUCCUUUUCAACAAGAGCUCUUAAAUGGCUUAUUAAUGAACUUGCACGAUGUUAAUAUACAAGCAGCAGUGGAUAUUUUCAACAAAUUAGCUUUUCCGACUUUCAAACAUCCCUUAGACAACCCAGCCAUGGAAUACGAAGUUACUAGAAGACUGUGUCGCGAACUCUUCUUGGCCGGAAUUGAAUUCAGCCAGAAAAAGUUGAUUGACGAGAAUGAACCAGAUAAAAAUAGAAGAGAAAAAGGUGAUAUCGAUAUUAUUCUCACCAGGAAUCUGAAUGUCAAUUAUGUAAUCGAAAUCAAGGUCGGUAAUGAUGAAGAAGAAGGUUACAAACAGAUUAUGGGCUAUUUUAUUGAUCAUUUUACACCAUUCCAAGCGGCAAUCGAAUACGAAAAUAAGAUAAAUUUACUAGUGCUAAAUUUUGGCAAAGCUAAAAAUAAUCGGAUUCAAAGUUGGGUCCUCAUUCCGUGUGAGGGUGACACGAUGUUAAUCAAACAGUUGAGUGCAUCGUUGACAGACUUAGCUGCAAGUGCUAAAGAAUAUUACCAAAAACUCAAGGGCGAAGUUAAAGGCACCGGAACAAAUUGAAAGGGAAAAUAGUAAAAAGUAGAAAUUAGAAAUUUUGUACUGGUAAUCGGCAGUUUUUGCAGUUUUUUCUUUAGAAGAACACGGGCAAAAGUUGACAAAAAUUUCAAAAUGUCUGAUAACCCAACUUAUCUACACAUGACCCACCACCACCUAAUCAUAUUGCAGAUACAGAGGUCCUGCCCUUUGUAAUUUUUAUCUUUGUUUUAUAUGUAAGUCUUUUUUUUAUUUCUGUUUUUUUGUUUUUUCCCCAUAUUGUUCUCUUAAUUAUACCUACUGUUUCGUACAAUAUUAUUUGAUAAGUAUCCAA